CCUCUUUUGUUUUCUCUUUCAGGAUCUGAUGCUGUCGAGUGCCAACAUAAAAUAAAGUCUAAUUUGAAGAAGCAGUUCAGGGUUGUGUUUGAGGGAAUCGCGAAAGCAGGACAGCAAACAGAUCUGAAUGACUUCCUCACAGAGAUCUUCCUCACAGAGAGAGGCAGUGGAGAGGUCAACAAGGAACAUGAGGUCAGACUGAUUGAAACAGCUUCCAGGAAACCAGCCAUGGAGGAAACACCAAUCAGAUGUGAUGACAUCUUUAAACCCGUACCUGGAAGAGAUCAACCAAUCAGGACGAUGAUGACAACUGGGGUGGCCGGCAUUGGUAAAACCAUCUUAACAUGCAAGUUCACUCUGGACUGGGCUGAGGGAAAAGCCAACCAGGACAUACACUUCACAUUUCUCCUCACUUUCAGAGAGCUGAAUUUACUAAAAGGGAAAGAGUUUAGCUUGGUGGAACUUCUUCAUCACUUCUUUAUUGAGACCAAAGAAGCAGGAAUCUGCAGAUACGACCGGUUCCAAGUUCUCUUCAUCUUGGAUGGUCUGGAUGAGUGUCGACUUCUUUUGGACUUCCAGGAAAACCCGAUCUGGACUGAUGUCACAGAGUCCACCUCGGUGGAAGUGCUGCUGACAAACCUCAUCAGGGGCGACCUGCUUCCCUCUGCUCGCAUCUGGAUAACCACACGCCCUCUGGCAGCCAAUCAGAUCCCUGCUGAGUGUGUUGACAUGCUGACAGAGGUGAGAGGGUUCACCGACCCACAGAAGGAGGAGUACUUCAGGAAGAGAUUCGGAGAGUCUACGCUGGCCAGCACAAUCAUCUCCCACGUCAAAAAAUCACAAAGCCUCCACAUCAUGUGUCACAUCCCAGUCUUCUGUUGGAUCAUUGCAACAGUUCUGGAGGACUUCUCCAAAACAUCCCAGAAAGGAGAAGAGAUGCCCAAGACAGUUACUCAGAUGUACAGCCACUUCCUGAGGGUUCAGUCCAUACAGGGGGACAGGAAGUAUCCUGGGAGAGCUAAAACAGAUCCACACUGGAGUUCAGAGAGCAGGGAGAUCAUUGUUUCUCUGGGAAAACUGGCUUUUAACCAGCUGGAUAGUGGCAACCUGAUCUUCUACGAGUCAGACCUGGCAGAGUGUGACAUUGAUAUCAGAUCAGCUUCAGUGUACUCAGGAGUGUUCACCCAGAUCUUUAAAGAGGAGUGUGGGCUGUACCAGGACAAGGUGUUCUGCUUUGUCCAUCUGAGCGUCCAGGAGUUUUUGGCUGCCGUUUAUGUGUUUCUGUCCUUCAACGACAAUGGGGUCAAUCUGCUCUCAGAAGAACAACCAACCUCUUGUAAAGAUGAACUCCUCCUCUACCAGAGUGCUGUGGACAAAGCAUUACAGAGUGAGAAUGGAGACCUGGACUUGUUCCUCCGCUUCCUCCUUGGCCUCUCUCUGGAGACCAAUCGGAAUCUCUUACGAGGUCUGCUGGGAGAAAAAUAUAGAAGAAAGACCACUGGGUCUAAACCAUAUCUGCGGAGACAGAGAAGAAGGCGGUCGCAGACCAAUCAGAAAACAGUGUCAUUCAUCAAGGAGAAGAUAGAUGGAGAUUUCUCUCCAGAGAGAACCAUCAAUCUGUUCCACUGUCUGAAUGAGCUGAACGACCGUUCUCUAGUGGAGCAGAUCCAACGGUCACUGACAUCAGGAAGUCUGUUCAAAACACAUGUCUCUCCUGCUCAGUGGUCAGCUCUGGUCCUCAUCUUACUGUCAUCAGAAGGGGAGCUGGACGUGUUUGACCUGAAGAAAUACUCAGCUUCAGAGGAGGGUCUUUUGGGGCUGCUGCCAUUGGUCAAAGCCUCCAAAACAUCCCUGCUCAAUGGCUGUCAUCUGUCAGAGAGAUGCUGUGAAGCUCUGGCCUCAGUUCUCAGCUCCAACUCCUCUAGUCUGAGAGAGCUGGACCUGAGCAACAAUGAUCUGCAGGAUUCAGGAGUGAAGCUGCUCUCUGCUGGACUGGGGAGUCCACACUGUACACUGGAAACUCUCAGCUUGUCUGGCUGCCUGGUCACACAGGAAGGCUGUAUAUCUCUGAUCUCAGCUCUGAGCUCCAACCCCUCCCAUCUGGUAGAGCUUGACCUGAGCUACAAUCACCCAGGAGACUCUGGAGUUGAGCUGCUCUCUGGUUUACUGAAGAAUCCACACUGGAGACUGGGCACUCUCAGUGUGGAGCACGGUGGAGUGUGGAGGCUGAAACCAGUUCCACAGAGAUAUGCCUGUGACCUCACCCUGGACCCCAACACGGCCUACAGACACCUCUCUCUGUCUGAGGACAACAGGAAGGUGACGGGGGUUGAAGAGGACCAGUCGUAUCCGGAUCACCCAGAGAGAUUUGACUCCUGGCCCCAGGUGUUGGGUAGAGAGGCUCUGACUGGCCGCUGUUACUGGGAGGUGGAGUGGGAAGGAGAGGUUGGUAUAGGAGUGACAUACAGAGGAAUCACAAGGAAAGGAAUGGGUGAUGACAGCUGGUUUGGACGGAACAACAAGUCCUGGGUUCUUGUUUGUUCUGAUGGUGGUUACUCUGCCUGGUACAACGGUACACAGACAGUCCUCCCCCCCCCCGCCGCUGGCUCCACCAGAGUAGGAGUGUAUCUGGACCGGCCUGCUGGCUCUCUGUCCUUCUACAGAGUGUCCCCAGGUGGAGGAGGGUCCUCAGACACACUGACACACCUCCACACCUUCUGCUCCUCCUUCACCCAGGAGGACCUCCUCCCGGGGGUCUGGUUUUGGGGGUGGGGGUCCUCAGUGUCUCUGUGUCGGUUGUAG